AAAUCGCUGCCUGCAUUUGUCGACUUUUUACAAAUUCAAGCAUGUGGAGGAGCAGGUGGCCAGGGUCUCCCAAAAUAUGGAGGUUUUGGUGGAGAUGGAGGCAAAGUGAUUGUCGUGGCUAGCAAAAAGGAAAAUACUUUACGUCAUGUGUUACAGAAAUACCCACUUCAGAUGUGCAAGGCAGAAAGAGGAGAGAACAGCGACAAAUUUCGCCUGCUUGGUGACCGAGGUGCUGACUUGCAUGUGAAUGUUCCUCUUGGAGUUUUAGUUCAUACAGCUGAUGGAAAAAUAGUUGAUCUCAACAACGAUGGUGACGCCUGCAUUGCAGCACAGGGGGGCAAAGGUGGUAACAAUGCCACAAACUUCUUGGGCUUGAGAGGGGAGAGAAAUCUGAUAGCCUUGGAGUUGAAGCUUCUGGCAGAUGUUGGAUUAGUUGGAUUUCCAAAUGCAGGGAAGUCGACCUUUCUCAAAGCAAUAUCUAGAACCCAGCCAAAAAUAACAGCCUUUCCUUUUACCACUUUAUCACCCCAAAUUGGUAUAAUGGAGUAUCAAGAUGGCAGAAAGAUCUCUGUGGCUGAUUUGCCAGGAUUGAUAGAAGGAGCCAGCCAGAAUUUUGGGAUGGGUUUUAAAUUUUUACGCCAUGUGGAAAGAACAAAACUCUUGUUAUAUGUUUUGGAUAUAAACCCAUUUCAGUUGUCAUUCAAGUACCCAGAGAGAUCUGCAUUUCAGGCACUUUUACUGCUUAUUCAGGAAUUAGAUGAGUAUGGUCAUGGAAUGUUAGAAAAACCCUCAUUUAUGGCACUGAAUAAAAUAGAUACAGAUAAAUCAGGUCACUUAACAGACAGGCUUUUUGAUUUGGUCAAAAACUUGCCAGAUUCUUUGGAAGAAGUUGAUGAAUCAUUUCACCCCAAAAACCUGCCCAAGUUUCAUGAGAUAUUUCGAAUGUCAGCAAUGAAAAGAGAAAACACAGAGCUGGUUAAAAAUAGAAUCCGUGAAAUCAUGGAUGAAAAUGCAGAGAAACAAAGAGCUGAAGAACUGGAGAAGAAAAAUGCUUUGUUACAAAUGAAACAUGAUGAUGCUUUGAGAGUUUAUGAAGAACAUUUGAAAACUACAUUUGUGUGA